UGUUCAUAUUAAAAAUACUAGUGCCUUAGCUUUAAAAGGUGCAAUUGUCAAUUUACUUUCUCAACAUUCCUUGAGUCUAUCUUGUGUGCGUGGACAAUGCUAUGAUGGAGCAAGUAAUAUGCAAGGUGAUAUCAAUGGCCUUAAAAUGUUGAUUAAGAAAGAAAGUAGAUCGGCUCAUUCCAUUCAUUGUUUUGCUCAUCAACUUCAAUUAACUCUUGUUGGUGUUUCAAAACAAUGUCUUCAAGUGGGAGAACUUGUACAUUUGGUUUCGGAUAUUUUGAAUGUGUUGGCGGCUUCUUAUAAACGUAUGGAUGAAUAUCGAGAAUCUCAAAGGAAAAGAAUUCAAGAGGCUUUAGAAAAGGGCGAGCUUAAAACUGGUAGGGGCUUGCAUCAAGAACUUGGUAUUUCUAGAGCUUGUGAUACUCGUUGGGGAUCUCACUUCAAAUCUUUUAAUUGUUUUAUUCUUCAAUUUGGUACAAUAAUGGAUGUACUUGAUACUAUUGUUGAAACUGCACAUAGUUUGGAUGAAAGUGCCAGGGCGACAGGAUAUAUCAGAGCUGCUCAAACGUACGAGGUUGCAUUCAUGUUACAUUUGAUGAAAGAAAUUUUAGGAAUUACAAAUGACCUUAGUACAUGCUUACAAAAAAAAGAGCAAGAUAUUGCGAAUGCCAUAAUGCGACUUGUUAAUGUGGCAAGGAUAAGGUUGCAAGAGCUAAGGGAAGAUAAAAGAUGGGAUUUGUUUGUUGUUGAGGUAUCUACGUUUUGUGUCAAGUAUAAUAUUGUGGUACCUAAUUUUGAUGAGUCGUAUGUUAACUCGGGGAGAUUUCGGCGUAAACCUGCUGAUUAUACUUUCUUGCAUCAUUAUCAUGUUGAUGUAUUUUGUAAAAUAAUUGAUUGGCAACUGCAAGAACUUAAUGAUCGUUUUGAUGAGGAGACAACUGAGUUGCUUUAUGGAGUUGCUUGUUUGAAUCCGAUAGACUCAUUUUCAAGUUUUGACAUUCAGAAAAUAAUGAGAAUGGCUAAAUUAUAUCCUGAUGACUUUGAUGAAUUUAGUAUGUGUUCUCUUGAGAAUCAGCUUGCGAAUUACAUUAUUGAUGUUCGUGAUAUUGAUAAAAGGUUCUCCGAUUUAAAUGGGCUUUGUGAUCUUUCAAAAAGACUGGUUCAGACAAAAAAGCAUUCAUGUUAUCCUCUUGUAUUUCGUUUAGUGAAAUUUUCUUUGCUUCUCCCAGUUGCCACGGCAUCCGUUGAAAGAGCUUUUUCGGCAAUGAAGUUUAUUAAGAAUGAGUUGCGGAGUCGAAUGAAUGAUGAAUUCUUGAGCGGUUGCAUGGUUCCUUUUGUGGAAAAAGAUAUGUUUAAUGAUGUUUCAAAUGAUGAUAUUAUUUUGACUUUUCAAGCAAUGAAACCUCGUCGAGUAGUGCUAUAAAUGUAUUCAAGAAGUAUUAGUAGAGAUCCUUUUUUGUAGUUUGUACUUAGCACCCUUAUUCUAGAUUGAUACAUUGUAAAGGGCUAACUUUUUGUGCUAUUGUAGUCACUACAUUUCUAUUCCUGUUACUUUUAGAUCCUUUGUAAUGGAACUAACUCUUUGUACCUAUGUAUUAUUACAUUCUCUGGAAUUGUGUCUUUUUGGGCUUGUUCGCACGUUUACAUUUUAUUUUCCGAACCCCCUGGAAGAAAAUCCUGGAUCCGCCACUGUUUAUAUUCCCAUGAAAUAUCAAAACAAGCAUGGUAGAAUCGAACUGCUUUCCUUCAUCCACCAUUUGAGCAAAGAAAUUCACUGCAAAUCAAAGAAAAUCGUUCUCUACGCAUGCUGUCAUGAUAGCACUCCAUGUUACCACAUCUUUACUUAUAGUUUCACCAAAAAGUUCCAACGAAGAACUAACAUUCUUGGUUCUUGAGUAGAUACUGAGAAGAGUGGUGACAGUGGGCGAAUAACAAGAGAUGUUCUUUGCAAAUUGCACACUUACCAUGUUGCUUGCUGGCUGCUAACUGGAGUUGCUGUUUUUCCCUUUUUGCAAGGUUGAGUGUUUUAACAAUGUCUUUUAAGGUCGUGCUUCAAAGACAAAUUCUGAGAUCAAGCGAAACUAUCACAACAACAAAAUUAUCCCCCUCAAAAGCUCUCAUACCGAAAAGAAAAUAAGCAACUACUACCUAAAUCAGUCUCACAUUCAAUUGAAAAGGGACCUCGCUAAAAAGUGAAUAAAAAACAAAGGCAUCCAUUGUAUGUUAAAGCUAAUUGUCAGCUUGGUAAAGACCAGAUAUGAGACUCUCUUAGAACUUGAAAUAGAUCAUCCUACACACACACACACACACACACACAUAUA